AUGUCUAUACGCAUUACGUCCGGUAGCUCUGAUAGUGAAAGUAAUUAUGAACCUGCUGGAUGUCAAUUUACUGGUAUUUGGAAAGAAAUUGAGUUAGGCAAAGAAGUAUCUUGUGGAGUUUACAAAAGAAAAUGUAUUCACUGCAAUGAAGAAUUUAAAUGUGUUAAACCUACUAAAACUAGAGCUCAUAUCACUCAUGAAUUUGAAGAUUAUACAAUUCCAACUCAUUUAGAAAUCAAGUCAUUUAAAUCUAUGGAUCAUCAAAAAAAGUCUAAACAUAUAAAACUUUCAGAAAUUCAUAAAACAAAAAUUGAUGAAGCAUUAAUUGCUGCAUUUGUGUCUUGUGAUUCAACUAAUACUGUAAUAAAUGAUUUAGAAUUAGAAAUCAAAAUAUUUAUUAAUUUUAAUUCACUAAUUUUUAAAUCGUAUAAUAAUAAUAAUGAUGAUUUGAUUAAGAAUGAGAAUUUUGAAUCUAAUGUAAUAGAAAUUCAUAAAGAUUAUGAUCCAAAAACUAUCAUUCAGGAUAUGAAGUUUGAUAAGGUUUGA